UUCGAGGACUCUGAUGCGGUUUUAACCCAUGUCAUGUGAACAACAGUUGUGAUAUAUUAAUGGCAGCUGAAACCACCUGAGUACAUUUUUUGUUAAUGCUCUUUAAACACGGGAAAGGCUACAUGUGGGAAAGGGGGUUGAUGUUAUUCCAAAGCACAGAAUCUGGCUCAGGAGGUGGUUGUAGGAAAGCAGAGUUUUAGCUCAGAAUACAGCGAACUCUCAGAGAGCUGGGACUGCAGCACCAUAUGAGAUAUUUUGGUUUUCUCUUCCCAGACAGGUUCACAGUAAGGCUAACCACCAUCUGCAGCAUCACAGAAAGCAGUGUUUCCCAGACUUCUUCCGUGCACCAUUCAUGAUUUUUGCCAUGUCUGCAUAACAGUUGUAUUAUUUUUACUUAAUACUUCUUUAAUCAACUCACUUUUUCUCUAUGAAUAUACUUUAAAAGGAAAUGAUGAAGCGGUUGAGGACACAGAGUGCAGAGGACCUUGGCUGGAGCCCCGAGCCCUGGGCUCCCACUGUUCUCCCCUGGUCCCCCAUGGCCUGGGCUACAGUUCUUGCAUCCCUAAAGCCCUCCCAGGAAACUGAAGUAAUGGCUUAAAAUAUUCAUAAUUCGGCAAAAAGUAUAAAUCUACAGAUUCAAGAAACCAAGCAAACCUCAAAAAGGAUAAGCCCAAAGAAAUCCAUGCCGAGACACAUUGUAAUCAAACUUGUGAAAAAUAAAGACAAAGAGAAAAUUUUGAAAGGGGCAAGAGAGAAUUGAUACCUUACUUGGGGGGAAAAACAAUUCAAAUGACACCAAAUUUCUCAUUGGAAAUCAUGGAGGCCAGAAGGAAGUGGCAUAACAUUUUUUAAGUGCUGAAAGAAAAGAAUCUAUCACACCCUGAAUCCUAUAUCCGGUGAAAUUAGUCUUGAGGAAUGAUGGGGAAAUAAGACAUUAUCGAGUGAAGGGACACUAAGAGAAUUUGUCACCAGCAGACCAACCCUAAAGAAUGGUUGAAGGAAGUUCUUAAAACAGAAAGGAAUGGUAAAAGAAAAUCUUGGGACAUUUAAUAAGAAACAAAGAAUAACAGAAAAAGCAAAAAUGUCUGCCUGGGCUUAUAAAGGCACAGAGUCCCCGUCCAAACCUAGCGACCAGAUGCACCAGUGGCUGGCCAGGAGCCAGUGCUGAACACGUCCUCCUGCCACCAGUGACCAGUCAUUAAACGUUGGGAUGUGCACACGAUAAUGGACAACAAGGAUUUAGAAGCUGAAAUCCACCCCUUGAAGAACGAAGACAGAAAAUCACAGGAAAAUCUGGGAAACCAACUGAAAAAUGAAGACAACUUAAAAAGCACCCAUCUGCGGUCCCGGCUUUCCCGAUGCCGUACGGUGGCAUUUUUCCUUUCCUUGUUUAUCUGCCUUUUUGUGGUGUUUGUCGUCUCUUUCAUCAUCCCCUGUCCGGACCGACCUGUGUCGCAGCGGAUGUGGAGGGUCGACUACAACGCAGCAGUCACCUAUGACUUUCUGGCUCUGGAAGACGUAAACAGGGACAGGAUCCGAGAUGUUCUGUUUCUUUAUAAAAAUACCAACGGCAUCAACAAUUUCAACCAAUCCUGCGCUGAUGAAGGCUUGUCCUCCCCCUGCGCCUUUGUGGCAGCUGUGUCAGGGGCCAACGGCAGCACGCUCUGGGAGAGGCCUGUGGCCCCAGAUGUGGCCCUCGUGAAGUGUGCCGUGUCCCAGCCACGGGGCAGCGAGGUGUCAUCUGCCUGCAUCCUCGUGGGCAGACCCGAUUCCGUCACUGCAGUCGACUUGUUCACAGGCGAGACCCUGUGGACCCGUCCCGGCAGCCCCAGCAGGAACGCUUCCAUCCUGAGCCCUUUGCUCCAGGUGCCUGACGUGGAUGGCGACGGGGCCCCCGACCUGCUGAUUCUCGCCCGGGAGGAGGAGGAGGUGAGCGGCUACAUCUACUCGGGCAGCACCGGGCACCAGAUCGGGCACAGAGGCAGCCUUGGCAUAGACGGGGAAAGCGGCUUCCUCCUGCACGUCACCAGGACCGGCACCCACUACAUCCUCCUGCCCUGCGCAAGCUCCCUCUGCGGCUGCUCCGUGCGAGGUCUCUAUGAGAAGGUGACCAGGAGAGACGGCCCGUUUAAGGGAGACCCCCUGUGGGAGAGCACCCUCAACGCCACCACCUGCAGGACGCUGGUGCACAGCGCUGGAGCAGUGCGCUACCUGGUGCACGUCCCGGGGAAAGCUGGCGCGGAUGUGCUCCUCGUGGGCGCGGAGGCGUGUGUGUUGCUGGAUGGGCAGGAGCUGACUCCCCGCUGGACGCUCAGCACGGCCCGGGUGCUGAGAAAACCCAUUUUCGGCCACUACAAACCAGACGCCUUGGCUGUGGUCAUUGAGAAUGGAACUGGUGUUGACAGACAGAUCCUGCUCCUGGACCUCAGCACCAGGGCCGUCCUGUGGAGCCACGCCCUGCCCAGCCUUCCCGGCAGCCCUCCGUCCUCCAGUCUGCCAACCGCAGACCACCGCUCGGCGUUCUUCUUCUGGGGCCUCCACGAGCUGGGCAGUGCCAACCAGACCAACCAGACGGAGACCAGCGCCGCCUGGCACAGCCUGUACCUGUUCCACCCCACCCUGCCCAGCGUGCUGCUGGAGCUGGCCAACGUCUCUGCCAACAUCGUCACUUCUGAUGUGGUCCUGUUUGAGCCAAGCCGCCAUGCUGCCUACGUCCUCCUGACGGGCCCAGCCAGCUCCAGUGUGCCCGGCCUGGUCUCCGUGAUCAAGCACAAGGUUCGGGACCUUGUCCCGAGCAGCAGGGUGGUCCACCUGGGGGAGGCCAGGCCGGACAGUGACCAGGCCAUCAGGGACCGGUUCUCCCGGCUGCGCUACUGGAGUGGGGUGUGAGAUGCGUGCCCCCCCACCCUGCAGGGGCGACUCCAGCCACUGAAGUUAGACGUCGGCCUUCCCCGGUCUCCAUACUUGAGUGCCCACCCCAGGCCCUAGCGCUGUGUGGGUGAGGGAUGCCCAGGCCUCCCCUGCUGCCCGGCACACCCUGUCCUGAGUCUGCACACAGGGCUCGUGCUGCGCCUCCCCGGGCCACCUCAGGCAGGGCUCGGCCCCACGGCUCCCGUCCUCAAUGGUGCCCUCCCCCCACCAGCUUCUCCCCAGGCCAGACAGGCUGAGAUCACUGGAAGGGCCCAGGGUGUCCGCGAGGAUGUGCUGCCCUCACUUCCUGCAAAGUCCCUUCCCGCCUCCUGUGUGAUUCUUUCUGUGCACUGUCCCCGGGAGUCAUGGCACUCAGAGGGUGGGGCCCGGGGGUGGCCUCAGGGCAGCAGCUGGGACCUGAGGCAGCUCUAGCCCCCAGCCCUUCCCGGGGUGGGGGAGGACCCUCUAGCACGGUGGGUGACGCGGCCCGUGGGCUCCUGACAGGUAGGGUGCUGCACUGGAGCUUGGAGCCAGCGGCUGCUCCCAGGUCCCGUGGGGGCUUCACACCCCUUGUGCUGCUGUGUGUGCUGUGAAUGUCCCAGGGAACGGGCGUAAGAUGCAUGCGUAGGGCAGUGUACACUGGAGCUGCUCGUGCCUCGAGAGGCCCUGUGCCCCGGGCAUGGGAAGCACCCCGUGCCUCCUGCCUGCCCCUCUGGUGCUGUCACUCCCACCAGUCUGUCGCCUGGUCCAGGACUCACCUCUGUGCCUUGCUGCUCCGAGGCCAAGGGCAGCUGUGGGCCCUGCCCAGACAACAGAGCCCAAGCUUUGUAGCCAAAGCAGUCUGAUGACUCCAGUCACCACGAAAGAAACCAGAAUAAACAUUUUUGCACUGUCUGAAAAA